CAGCUCAACCUGUCAGGCAGAACAGGGCGGGCGAGCCUCACAGAGAGAGAGAGAGAGAGAGACACGGUCAGACGUGUGGUCAAAACACACCGUGACAUCAUUGUGACAUCAUGAGCUCCCCCUCGGAAACUCCUCAGCACAGGGCUGCUGCUGAGUCCCCUGGGCCCCCCAACAUCCAGGGCAUGGAGCUGAAUGAGGAGUGGCAGGAUGACGGCUUCCCAAGGCCGCUCCCUGAGGAUUCUCGGAGUCCAGAGGAGGCAUCAGGUCCAGAGGAAGAUGGAGAAGGCCCAGCCCCGCCCACCAGCCUGGCCCUAUCAGGCACAGCUGGAGGAGGAGCUAAGAAGCGCCUCGUGGCCCCGUCGCUCAGCCUCACUCUGAGUCGCCGUGACUCGAGCAGCGACCCGAACAACGACAGCUUCUCUGCCGCCGCGCUGUCGGCAUCGCCGGACGGGACGCCAUCAUUUGACAUCAACCUGGAGGCUCUGGAGACGCCGUCAGACAGCGAGACAGAAACCCUGCCGGACGGCUACCACGACCUGGAGUGGGAAGAUGACCUCCCUCGGAUGGAGAAGGGUGGAGGGGAGGGCGCUGUCAGAAGCCCGGUGGAGCCGUCUGAGGGUCUGAUGGAGCUGGACCGGGUAGACAGCAGUGGGCGCCGCUGGAGGAGGUUCUUCAUCUCUGGACAUGAAUACCACGUCAACAUGAGCGUCUUGGAGCCGUACCUGCAGGUCCUGUCACAUGGAGGUUACUAUGGCGAUGGAAUGAAUGCCAUCAUCCUGUUCACCUCCUGUUACCUGCCGGAGAACACAGUGGAAAACUACGAGUAUGUUAUGGACAACUUGUUCAGGUAUAUUGUGGGCACCUUGGACUUGAUGGUCUCAGAGAACUACCUGCUGGUCUACCUGUGUGCCAUGGCUCCCAGAAACAAACUACCGGCCAUCAAGUGGCUCCAUCAGUGCUACCUGUCAAUCGACCGAAGGCUGAAGAAGGACCUGAAAGGUUUGCUGGUUGUCCAUCCUGCCUGGUACAUCAGAGCCAUGCUGACACUGGUAAAGCCCUUCAUCAGUGAGAAGUUCAGCAGGAAGCUCCGGUUUGUUCACAGUUUGCAGCAACUUUCUGAGUUCGUCCCCACAGAAAACCUUCAAAUCCCAGACGCCAUCCGCCAGUUUGAUGAGAAAUUGAACAGGUGACACUGCUUGAUGUUGAAGGUCAGAGGUCAUGAGAAACAACUGGCCUUUGCCCCUGUGUACAGAUGAGCCAAUUUAUUUUUGUUUGUUUUGAUCUGAGCACACCUGACAAACACACACACUUGUUUUAAUAUUUUGUUCAGAUCAAGAAGUAAAUAUUUACAUAAAUUAAAAUUUCCCAAUUUAUUCAUU